GGCAGCCAUCUUUGGGGAACUCAAUAGAAAAUACCGUAGCUGUCUUGGAUUUCCUACCUUGGAACCAGAUGCUCAUUCCGCAAGUGAAAACACGCUCUUCAAUCUACGUUUUGAAGUACCAUUCGGUGAAGGAUGGAAAGGUCAAAGCAGAAUUUAAUGUCACCGAAGAUCAUCUCGAUAACGAAGGGCAUUUGCAUACAGGGCUGAUAGCCACUUUAAUCGAUAUGACAUCCGUUAGGGCACUGUUUACACAUAGAAAUGGAUUUGUGGGGAUGUCCAUUAAUAUUCAUACUUCAUAUUUUCAACCAGCACUUCUUGGAGAUGUGAUAUGUGUAGAUGCUGAAGUAUGUAAGAUUUUACAACUGAUAGGGGCGAUGCCGAUAGCAUUCGUUAAUGUUGAAUUAUCGAAGAAGAAUGGAGUGCAGGCUAAAAAUGUCAUUGCUCGUGGUCAACAUUUAUUGACCACAUUUAAGGAACCGAGCAAGAAUGUAUAAUUGGUUCACCAUCAGCUAGUUCGAGUCGCACCAUUACCGAAAAAGAAUGAAGCGCUUGCAGAGACGUUGCUGUUUGUAGUCAUUGAGCGUUAUUAUUUUUAUCGCACAGCAGUAUAGAAAAUAAGAAAUAUAAAUAUUUUGUACACCUAAUAUUAUGUGACUAUACAAUUACAGUUUGAAAGAAAUUAUACGUCCAGUCAUUAUGUAAUACCAAUUGAAGUGUUCGGCACACGAUGAUGGACAGUUCAACUGUAUAAUUACUCGUAGAAUAAUGAGACCCGCGAUAUAUUAAACCGUUGCAACAAUUUUUAUCGUGCUCUAGUUCCGUCGUUUUGCCAUGAACUGGAUGAUCUAUUUGCUGUAAUUGGACAAGUGAUAAAGAAUUGCUCACGACUGGGUGGUUUAAUGCGCAUGCGCUAAAUUCGGCAGAGUAGCCAACGUUCAUAAAUUCAAAAAACAGGUCAUCGCGAUGCAUAUAAUUUUGACAGCUGUCAGUCAUCUGAAUUUGUCGCCCACCCACCAAAUGACUGCCCUUGUUCUCGAAUUUUAGCGUAUUAGCAUUAAACCAUUCAAGCCGUUAU